CGCGCAAAGGAACUUUAAAAAGCACCUGGUCACUUUGGGAGGUUUGACUGGAGGUAUUUCAGGACCCCGAUCAGCGCGCGGAUCACAUCUCUAUAGCACAUGUGUAAAGCAAUGCUCGUGAGGAACGGCUCUCAGCUUUUGCUCUUCAUAACUCUCUCCAGUGUUUUAUAUGUCCGGACCUUAAGUUUACCCUUCGCCUCCAUGAGAGAGACGAGACAUGCAGACGGGCUCUUCACAAGCGGAUACAGUAAACUUCUAGGACAGUUAUCUGCCAGACGGUACCUGGAGUCACUGAUCGGAAAGCGGGUCAGUGAUGAUUUGAUGGAAGACCAGGCGCCGAUGAAGCGUCAUUCAGACGCAAUAUUCACAGACAACUAUAGCCGCUUUCGCAAGCAGAUGGCAGUGAAGAAAUAUCUCAACUCCGUUCUCACAGGAAAGAGAAGUCAAGAAGACCCACCCAGCAUGCAGGAGGAAUCGACUGGAGGGGAGACCACGUAUCGGGAGAGCUACGAUGACGUCACCGUAGACCGACUUCUGAAUCAUAUACCAUUGGCUCUCUGAGAUCAAUAAAUGCAUUGAAACAAGCCCCGGUCUGGUACAAUAUUCGGACCUGAAGACUGCUGAUUGGAUCUCGAGUGAUGAUGUAACACUAUUUCCGUGCAUUUUGUAAAUGGAUUAUUUUGUAAAAAAUAUUUAUGUUGCUUCUGUCUGAAUUCUGAUUCUAAAGGGAUCAUUUGGGUUCGGGAGGCAUUGGAAAUUUUUGUUUUUGCCAUUCAAAGUAAAAUAAAAAGUUGA